AUGCCUUUCUGGUGCGCUAGAAUUGGACUAUGCAAGGCUCUCGCCUGGCUGGUGAUACUUCUGCUUGCGGUCGGAACAAGCGGAGAUGAGGUACUAGAGUCGGAAUACAACCGGGUGAGUCGAAAGAAGGUGUGGGACAGGCUAUCUUCACGGGUAAAGGACGCCGCCUUCGUCAGUAGGCCCAGCCUUUUGAUCUGUAUGAUGCUGGUUGUGCAUGCCUACACCCAGUUUCAACUUGGCGUGGAAGUUAUGACCCUCUUGGAAGUAAAACAUGCCUAUCGAAGUCUCCUCUUGGAACGUAAUGUGAAUAUAUAUGGGCAUGUGAAGUCAUCUUAA